AUCCGGCGCGCUAGUGGACGACGGCACGCGAGCGAGAGGCCGGCGCAGCUGAGCUGAGGAGACGACGCGGCUGACCAGCAGCGCGGCGGCGCGGCACAGCUUUGACGGCGACCAUCCUCUCCACCGCAUUUUCAUCUGUAAGGGCCAUACUCUCUUCCUUCCCCUCUCUGCUCCUUGGGUUUCUUGUUCUUAGCGCGGAUGGAAGCGGCCGCGGGGUCGGCUCCUAAUAGGCGCGUGCGGUUCCAGAGGGAUGGGGACGUCGGAGUUCCCCAAUUCGGGGAAGCACUGCAGCGGCGGCGACUGCCAUCAGAUCGACUUCCUCUAAUCCCCUUCACCUGCGACCGCUGCGACCACGAUGCAUCGGCAUUUUGGGAGCAACAAGCAUUAUCAGCUAGAGGAUAUACGGCAAGGACAAUUGUCCCUGCCUGCAAUGCAGUGGUAGACAUGUCAACAAACUCAAGAGACCUCAUAGAGCGAGAAUUAGCUGCAUUUGGCCAGAGCUUGGAUAAUCUGAAGAAUGCAAUGCCUACACUACUGCAUUGUCGAUCAGUUCAUGCAUUGAUGCUUCCUGAAAUAUUUGUGACUUGUGGUUUUUUUCUUACAAAUAACUUUUCUUGUUACAUGUUCUUCAGCAGAAAUGCAUCUUAUCCAGUUAUCCUCCCAUCCAAAUUAAUGAGUUCUAAGCCAUAUCAAAUGGUUAUCAGUCAACUAUGCUGCUGGUCAGUAAGGGUGCAGCUUCUUUUUCUGAUAAGCCACGAGCCGUUGCUACUCAAUUGCACAAGUGCAUGCUUGUCUAACUGUUGCUAGUGACAACAUUUUCACUUGCAGACCUAGGUUGGUGCAACAGUGUUGGCACAAAGAUUUGGUGGAUUCAUGGAGAUCUCUUGCGCUUCAGUAGUCAACAUGGAACUUCCCUAGCUGAAGCAACUUCAGAUGUUACAACUGGUUCUAUGAUUGUCAGGUCCAGCGAGUGCCAUCACAUUACAGGUGGAUUGGAUGUUGGAGUUGCAUAGGCAGUUCGUGCAGACGGUGGAGCAGCUGGGCAUUGGCAAGAACAUGUCGUUCUAGUUCUCUUGCAUUGUCCAGGCACAAAGAAAAUUACACUAGAAUGUUUUGUUGUAAAAUGGUUGAUCGAUUGCUAACGUUCUAUUGUGUUAAGUUAAACUCUAGUAUGAGGAUUUUGUUGCUCAUGCAGUUUAAAAAAACAUGCUUGAGGCACUUGCCGUAGUUGUGAUAGUCAUUUUUGUGCGUUGUAAAUCAGACCUCCCAUAACAUGUUACAAAUUGAUGUUCUUGUAUUUAUAUGGCUUUAAUUGCUUCA